GUACACCUCUAGGCACAGAAGAGUCAAUGGAAUGCAGAAUGCGCCAGAGCAGAUCAUAUUUUAUUGGAAGACAUCAUGGCUGCUCCUGGACAGAAGGUGGUGUUGAUCACAGGCUGUUCUUCAGGAAUCAGGUUGUGGAUCGCUGCACUGCUCUCUAAAGACUAACAACAGAAAUACUACGUGAUUACUACGAUGAGGGUCCUGAGAAAGAGAGAGAGACUAUUGAAGGCGGUGGGGGAAGCGUACGGCAAAACCCUCUGUCUCCUCACGCUGGAUGUGUGCAGUGACGAGUCCGUCUCCGAGUGUUUUAACAAAAUUAAGGACCAACAUGUAGACAUUCUGAUUAAUAAUGCAGGUGUGGGUCUGGCCAGUCCGUUGGAUGUGUUUGACACGAAUGUGUGUGGAGUGAUCAGGAUGAUUAAAGCUGUCAUCUCAGACAUAAAGGAACGGCGAGUGGGACACAUCAUCAUCAUCAUCAGCACUAUGGGCCUGCAAGGUGUGGUGUUUAAUGAUGUCUACGCUGUGUCAAAGUUCUCUGUUGAGGGGUUCUGUAAAAGUCUUGCUCUGCAGCUGCACCAGUUUAAUGUCAUUGUUUCUCUGAUCGAGCCUGGUCCGGUCCAUACUGAUUUCGAGCAGAAGAUGCUGGAACAGGAUAUUAAGAACCUCUACUCCAGCCUCGAUGCUGAGACACUACACUACUUCAAGAACAAUUGUCUUUCCGGAUCCAUGAACAUCUUCCAAUCACUUGGGCAAACACCUCAGCAGAUCGCCAUGCUGUUCCAGAGAACCUUUACGUGUGAUAUGGGCACACAGACCUCGUCUGAUCUCUCUGCUGUUUAUGAUGAAGACCUUGAUGAUGACUCCUGCAUUCCUGCAACAAACCAACCAUCUCCUCCUCAUCCCUCAUGUUGGUCUCCUACAUCUCCGGUCCUGUCACCUGAUUAUUAUGCUCCCUUACCUUCACCUGACUCUGACCCUGAAGACUCCCUCAUGUCUUCUGCAGCUACUGAGGCUCACAAACUCUUUUUCCCAAUAAACAUGAUCAAGUCUCCCUUAUACGUGUCUUUGUUCUCCGUCUCUCCAACGCUCAUCUCACCAGUCAGACUCUACUCCACUCUCAGACAUUAGUAUCUGAUUAUUAUGAUGUUAAUUCUACUUGGAGUAAACAGAUGACACGAGUUUGAUUAAGAUCUCAGAUAGAUAGGUUUAAUCAGCUGCUUCUUCUGUAUCUAACAGCUUCUACACUGAUCAUCAGGUCACACACAGAGAAACUUCCUGUUUAUUGAUAUCUAUUUCAUCUCAUUUCCUUCCUCCAGCAGUUUCUCCUUCUGUCUCACAAAAAGCUCCCUCACCUCCUUCUUUCCCUCAUUUAGAUAUCGUGUGUUACUUCUGAGUUUUUAUAGAAGCUCCUGUUUGAAACACAUUUGCUGUUUCACAACUUUUUAUAAACGCACUUCCUGUUUUUCACUUUUCACUGUUAAACAUUACAGCACUUUAUUCCUCUCUGAGACCCUCAAGCUCUCCAGUUCUCCAAUUCUCCUGCUCUCCAGCUCUCCAAUUCUCCUGCU